ACCAAAUUGAUCCCAGUGGCUGCACUACAUGGGGGAUAUGCCAUUGCAGAUUAGGAGACAGCAGCUGGCAAUUAAUUAUUGGGUCAACCUACAUGGACAUGGGGUGUCUCAUCCUGCGAAAGGGAUUUUACAUGCUGGGAACAUGAGCGAAGACAGAAUACGAGUUUUGGGUGGGUGGGUAAAACCCAGGCGAAGGAGAUGGGACUGUAUGGAAGGGAGUUUAUUCCAACGGUAGCUAUUCCUGUAAAUCCACCAUGGCUACUCCCGCCUCUAGCAGUUGAUCUAGAAGUAUUGGAGAGACUACAGAAAGAUAGGGAGGGUGUUGAUCCAUCUGAAUUGUUUAAGAGAUGUCUGGAUACUGUGUUUCAGGAUUUUGUGGCCAUUUACACAGAUGGUUCGAAAGAUCCAAGGACAGGACGUACUGGGUCAGCAUUUGUAGAGCAGGAAUGUGGGGUGUCAGUCAGGAAACGUAUUACAGAUCAUAUGGCUGUAUAUACGGCUGAGAUGAUGGCCAUACUAUUGGCCUUGCAGUGGGUGGAGGAAGUCAAGCCAGACAGAGAAGUUAUUUGCUCUGAUUCAUGUGCAGUGUUAAUGAGUCUCCAGUCCUUUAGGCCACGUGGCAGACAAGACCUGCUUUAUGAGGUGCUACAAAUCCAUGGUAGGAUUAGACAGAUGGGUAUACAGAUAAGAUUUACAUGGGUCCCAGCACAUGUGAGGGUGGAGGGGAACGAGGCUGUUGAUGUACUGACUCAACAAGCACUUAGUAGGUGGGUUGUUGAUGUUGUAGUUUCAAUGAGCAAGGUAGAGGCAAUGUACUGCUACAGUGUGGGCAGUAUCAGAGGGAAAAAAGAGGCUGAGCUCUAGUAUGAGGGAGAAGGGGAUACAUUAAAUUAAUUUAAAUAGUAUAUUGAGUAGAACAUCAUUAGAUAUAGUCCCAAAUAUUUUGUUAGAUUUUUUAAGAGCAACGGGGCUGACAGGUAGAAUUUAGUUUAUCCCUGUCUUUGGCCAACACUCUAGUACAGUAGGUGGCGGUAAUGCAGCAUAACGUUGGAUGACAACUGCCGAUAAACCCCACCGAAGAAGAAGAAGACCAAAUUGAUAACAACCCCGUUGCUGAUCAGAUGGAAUAUCUUUGAUUUCACAGUAGUACACACUGAUGUUUGCCAAUAAUGAACAAAUAAGGGUGGUUGAUGACUAACCCAUGAGAUCUUUCAGUGAUCACAGGGUCACUCAACUCUGUGAGACCUUCAACAGACAAUCCAUCCACUCACACAAACCAACAUGACCUCCGAGCAGGCCAGCACCCUGCCGACAUUCAAGGGCCCCGGCGACCCCAGUCCGGGCUACUUCUCCUGGGGUCUUCGCUUCCAGGUCAUCGGCCUGGGCUUUGCCUUCUACACCGCUGUGUUCGUCCUCUCCCACCUGGUGUCCAUGGCUCUCUCCCAGACCUACCGCUCUCUGCUGGCUAAGGAGAAGGUGUUCUGGAACCUGGCGGCCACACGGGCCGCGUUCGGCCUCCAGAGCACGGUGGCGGGCCUACGGGCGCUGACCGAGGAGUCGGCCGUGUCCAGGGACAGGGUCAGAGGUCAGGAGGACUGGUCUUGGUUCACCGUGCUCACAGCCACAGGCUUCUUUCUGUUUGAGAAUGUGGCGCUGCAUGCCUCAAGUGUGGUGUUCAGGGCUUUCGACCUUCCCCUGGCCGCCCAUCAUUUCUUUGCCCUGUCAGGGUUUGCUGGGGCGGUGGUCUGGGACUCACUAGGACAUUACCUGCCCAUGGUUACACUACUACUGGAGAUGAGCACACCCUUCACCUGCAUCUCCUGGAUGUUACUAAAGGCUGGCUGGGCGAGGACGCUCUUCUGGAAGGCCAACCAGUGGGUGAUGAUCCACAUGUUCCACUGCCGCAUGGUGCUCACGUACUACAUGUGGUGGGUGAGCUGGAGUCACUGGGGGGAGAUGAACAUGUACGUGGCUCUGCCCCAGCGCAUUCUCUUCUACACCGGCCUGGCCCUGCUCACAGUGAUCAUCAACCCCAUCUGGACGCACAAGAAGACCAUGCAGCUCCUCAACCCUGUUGACUGGAACUUCAGCAACAAGCCGCCGCCCAAUGGCCCCAGUGGGGAGCAGAAGGAGAAAACUCAUGAGCGAUAAACAAGCCAAGAACUGUGAACCUGUUUGGAGAGUUAUGGGGCUCUUUUACUAUGCUUGUAAAGGAGAGGAAGGGUGACUAAUUUCUCACAAACUCUUUAGCUUUUAGUGCUUGAGAUGUUGAACUAAACCACUGUUUUUUUAAAGGUUCUCAGUAGAGGUUUGAGGUCUGCUGUGUCUCUACAAGAUGUGGAUGAAAAGACCUCUUGCUCUUGGACUUUAGAACCUAGCUGGGUUCUGAAAGGAGAUGUCACUGACGACAAGAAAUCAUCUCACAGUAUUAUUGUCUUUGAUUAUAAUUUGCUGUUUUGGUUAGUGUUUUAUUGCGAAGGAGUGCAGAUGAACAGGGAGAAAGGUACAGUGCCUUGCGAAAGUAUUCGGCCCCCUUGAACUUUGCGACCUUUUGCCACAUUUCAGGCUUCAAACAUAAAGAUAUAAAACU